CUCUUUUCAACUUCUUUAAAGUGAAGUUUAGAGGGUUGAAAAAAAUGAGUCUUCACCCUUUUUUUUCCGUCUAUACACUCUACCUCCUCUUCUUUCCCAUGUGUGAUCGGCCAGAUGUUAACUGAGGAGAGAGAUGUGAGCGCAGCAGGAGAGAGAGCCAAUGAGAGAGAGAGAGAGAGAGAGAGAGAGAGAGAGAGAGAGAGAGAGAGAGAGAGAGAGAGUGCAGAUAUUAGCAGAGAAGCAGAGUAGAUCCAAAGACAUGCUUCAGGUGUGUGCAGUUGUCUGCUCUGAGGCAUGAGCGUCACGUAGAGUCAGAGAUGAUGAAGACCACCGGCUGCUAGUUGAUGCAUGAUUCAGGUGCCGUGUAGUCCCAGUCUUACCAGUCAUGGCUCUCCUCACCAACGCCGCUCAGCACCUGGGUUCCUAUUACUGCCUGAUCCGACGCAGGUACAAAAGGAGGCGCAAGAAACGCUCCGAACGCAAAGGUGCAGUGGCGGUCAGACUGCUUUCCGGUCAGAACAAACCCGUCGCCAUGGAUAUGGAUGAGGAGGAGAACAUGAGUUCGAGCAGCACUGACGUUAAGGAAAACCGAAACCUGGACAACGUGUCCGGCAAAGAAGGGGUGGGUGUGGCUGAACAGCUGCCCAAUGGAAGCGGCCCGGGCAGUCGAAAACGCCCUCUCGAAGAAGGAAACAAUGGUCACACACACUCCAAGUUUCGUGCCAAGAAGCGCAAGAAAACGCCAGGACCGAUCCUACCCAAGAAUGCGCUGAUGCAGCUCAAUGAAAUCAAACCGGGUCUUCAGUACAAGCUUCUGUCCCAGACAGGACCGGUCCAUGCACCAGUCUUUGUCAUGACUGUAGAAGUCAAUGGACAGUUGUUUGAGGGCAUGGGUCCAACGAAGAAGAAAGCUAAACUGAACGCAGCAGAGAAAGCUCUGCGUUCCUUUGUCCAAUUCCCCAAUGCUUCCGAGGCCCACUUGGCUAUGGGACGAACAUUGACCGUUAACACGGACUUUACUUCAGACCAAGCAGAUUUCCCAGACAUGCUGUUCAAUGGCUUCGAGACACCAGCCGUGCCCGAAGAGUCCUCCUUCUAUGUCGGUUCAAAUGGUAGCAGCUCAUUAAACUCAUUAGGGGAGUAUCCACUGCCCACACCGCCUGGCAGCAACCUUGUCCAGGCGCCACUGCCACCUCCAUCGGCAUUCAGCUCCCCCUCCAGUGGCAAAAACCCUGUCAUGAUUCUCAAUGAACUCAGGCCAGGCCUCAAAUAUGACUUUGUGUCAGAAAGUGGGGAGAGUCAUGCCAAAAAUUUCGUGAUGUCAGUGACAGUGGAUGCACAAACAUUUGAAGGCUCAGGGCGUAACAAGAAGUUAGCUAAAGCCCGGGCAGCGCAGGCCGCACUCUCAGCUCUCUUCAACAUGCAACUAGACCAGACACCAUCCAGGCAGCCCAUACCCAGCGAGGGGCUACAGCUUCAUCUCCCCCAGGUUCUCGCCGACGCCGUCUCCCGACUGGUGGUGGAUAAGUUCAGUGAACUGACUGAAAACUUCACCUCUCCUCAUGCUCGGCGGAAAGUGCUGGCAGGCGUUGUCAUGACAACAGGAACAGAUGUAAAAGAAGCACAGGUAAUUUGUGUUUCUACAGGAACUAAAUGCAUCAACGGUGAGUACAUGAGCGACCGUGGUCUGGCACUCAAUGACUGCCACGCUGAGAUAAUCGCCCGACGCUCGCUCAUGAGAUACCUGUACACCCAGCUGGAGUUCUUCCUCAGCAACAGCAAAGAAGAGAAUCAGAAGUCAAUAUUCAUACACUGUGACAAGGGAGGCUACAAGCUAAAGGACAACAUUCAGUUCCAUCUCUACAUCAGCACCUCACCCUGCGGAGACGCCAGAAUCUUCUCCCCGCAUGAGGCCGGCGUGGAAGACCAAGGAGACAGACACCCCAAUCGGAAAGCAAGGGGUCAGCUCCGGACCAAGAUCGAGUCCGGCGAGGGUACCAUACCUGUGAGGACCAGUAAUACCAUCCAAACAUGGGACGGGGUGCUUCAAGGAGAGAGGUUACUCACUAUGUCCUGCAGUGACAAGAUUGCAAGGUGGAAUGUGGUGGGCAUCCAGGGCUCACUGAUGAGCUACUUCACCGAGCCAAUCUACUUCUCCAGCAUCAUCCUGGGAAGUCUUUACCACGCCGACCACCUCUCCCGGGCCAUGUACCAGCGCAUCGCAGACAUCGAGGACCUGCCCCAGCAGUUCACGCUCAACAGACCUCUUCUCAGCGGGAUAAGCAAUGCAGAGGCCAGACAGCCUGGGAAAGCCCCCAACUUCAGUGUCAACUGGACAGUGGGGGAUCAGGGCCUGGAGGUGAUCAACGCCACCACCGGCAAGGACGACGUAGGCCGAGCCUCGCGCCUCUGCAAGCACGCCCUCUACAGCCGCUGGGUGCGCCUACACUCCAAGCUGUCCUCCGUGUUGCGGAUCAAGGCGCCCAAGCCCGCCUCCUACCACGACGGCAAGCAGGCGGCCGGCGAGUACCACUCCGCCAAGAUGGCGCUCAUCAAGGCGUUCCACAAGGCCGGCCUGGGCGCCUGGGUGAAAAAGCCCAUCGAGCAAGACCAGUUCACGCUCGGCUCCUGAGGGGCGCCGUUUUUACCGAGGGAUUGUGACCCCCGCCCCCUUCCUCCCCCACUCCUCUAAGCCCCGCCUCCCCUGACCCAGGUUUGAAAGAAAGACCCGCCCGCAGGGGACUGUCCGUGUUUGCACGCACUUUCAAUCAACGUGCAUCCUUUCUUAAAACAUCUGGAAAUUGAACCUCGCCGUCGUGUGUUUUCAUGUUGUGUUUUUUUUUACCGACACGCUGGGUUGCAACUGGAGUGUGUAGAAGACGUUGUGCGUUUGUGCAUGUUUUGUCCUAUGAAACCCCCGCCUGCAGACGCACAGGCUGAAGAGAACCUUUCCGUGUCCCUAAUCACGACGACUCUGUUCUCAAACGUAGUGACAGAUGGAACAAAUUAGUAGUAGGAACUAGUGAUCUUAGUAACGUUUCUUAAAAACGGCAGAGGUUUUUGGUUAACUUUUGGGAACAAAAGAGAGUUUCAUUUGUAGACUUCUGAGUUGUUAUCGUGUGUGGAUGUACCUUUUAAAAAAAAAAGGGGGAGGGUUUUUAAGUUUUUUAUUUUUAUUUUUCCUGUCCGUGUUGGCAUGUGCGAGGCACAGUAAGGGAUUCAUAUGGCCCCACUCCUGGUGGAUAUGCUGGAAACGAUGGAAAGCGCCACUCUACAUAGUCAAAAGUUGGAAUUGCAACUGCAGGGGUGUCAAACGUACGGCCCCAGGGCCGGAUCAGGCUAAGUUUUGAGUCCGCUAAGUAUAAAAAUGAACCUGACAUUUUUGAAUGGAAAUAAACGCUGUUCUGAAUGUGUCCACUGGAUGUCGCAAUAGCAAUUAUUUGUAUCGUUGUAGAUGAUGCUACGUAUGUACAAAAUAAACCACAUGAUGUUAGUACAUCAGUCGAGGAAAAUGAUCAAACUACAUAAAUAAUAUACUUUAAUUUGAUUUUGAUAUAAUUUUUUGGUAACACUUUAGUAUGGGGAACAUAUUCUAAACAACAAAGACUUAAUUCAAGUUAUUUGGACACUAGAGGAACAUAUUCUAAGUAACAAACUCUUAAUUUAGAGUUAUUUGGACACUAGGGGAACAUAUUUUAAACAACAAAGACUUAAUUUAGAGUUAUUUGGACACUAGGGGAACAUAUUCUAAGUAACAAACUCUUAAUUUAGAUUUAUUUGGUUAGGGUUAGGGUUAGUAAUGGUAAAUAUGUUCCCCAUACUAAUAAAUAAGGCAGCAAUAAGUACUUAAUAAUGACUAAUUAAGAGCCAAUAUGUUACUAAUUAGCAUGUUAAUAAGCAACUAAUUAAUGGUGAAUAUGUUCCCCAUAAUAAAUAAGGCAGUAAUAAAUACUUAAUGACUAAUUAAGAGCUAAUAUGUUACUAAUUAGCAUGUUAAUAAGCAACUAAUUAAUGGUGAAUAUGUUCCCCAUACUAAAUAAGGCAGUAAUAAGUACUUAAUAAUGACUAAUUAAGAGACAAUAUGUUACUAAUUAGCAUGUUAAUAAGCAACUAAUUAAUGGUGAAUAUGUUCCCCAUACUAAAUUAGGAAACAAUCUAAAGUUGUCUUUAUUUUUAAGUUAUCGUGCCGUGAUUUUUACCAGUCCCGCCCACUUGGGAGUAGAUUUUUUUCCAUGUGGCCCCCCAUCUAAAAUGAGUUUGACACCCCUGCUCUACUGCCAUCUGGCGGCUAAAGUGGAGAAUGCAAACCCAAAUUUUGUCACAUUUCACGUGUCGGGUCAACCGCGAGGAAUGAGGCCAAAUGAAUCCCCUUCCUGCUGUAGGUGUGUGUGUGUGUGUGUGUGUGUCUGUGUGUGUGUGUCUGUGUGUGUGUGUGUGUGAGGGAAGAGAACGAACGCCAGCAUCUUCCUCAAAAGGCAGCUUUCAGUCCACUUUCUAGAUUCGUGCUCGUUUGUGGUUCAUGAGGGAGAAAGAUGCUCACUUUGUUUUGGUUUUAUAGAAUGUGUGUUACACUGCGGCGGAAAACACAAAAAAAGAUCGGUUGGAAUAUUUUUGUUUGUAUGAAAGUACAUACUUGUAUUUAAAAAGUACUCACUAUGCAAACGUUGCCCGAUACGGCGUGUUGAUCAUAUUUACCACACGCGUCCAUUUUGAUGUCGAACGCUGACGUCGCGUAAGCAUGUUCGUUAAAAAAAAAAAAAAAAAAAAAAAAAAAGAUGGAGGCGGGUUUUGAUAUCGAGUCAAUACGAUACUGGUGAUGUGUCGAAUGAUAUCAAAGCAUCGACGCCUCAUGAAACACAAGGAGCGAUCGUGUUCCUCGGGUGUGUGUGUCACUUUAAGGGGAAAAAAAAAAAAACGUGACCGAUACAGCUGCUGUGUCAUGUGACUGUUUAUCAGGAAGCUUCUUCGUGCUAAAUGUCGUCGGUUUCCGUCGCCAUCAUCAAACUAAACGUAGUGACUUUUUUUUAAUCCACUAGAGGGCAGAUGACCAUUCCGAAACAUUAACAGUAUCAGUGCGGUGUCAAUACAGCCAGUGAGUGUGCCACACGCUCAUCACCCAUCACUAGACGAUCCCUUUUACUUCAGUAACUUUAUGCGUGUACCUUGUAUUAACGAUCAUGAUUGUUAGCAGAUGAAUUGAGGACAUGUGUUGAGCAAUAUAUAAAUACAACAAUUUGAGACAAUGGAACAAAAAAAUAUAUACAGAUUUGUAAAAAAAAUAAACAACACAAAUGUUAUGAUAUACCUGAAAAACAAUUCAUGCAAGAACAAACGUGGAAAUAUUGAAUUGGGUUUGUGUGUGAAAGACCAACACAAAACAGUGAAGUACACUAUUAAUAAAUCAUUUUACAUUUUGUGUACACAUUUGUUAAGAAGCAGUUCAUAGUGAAAUUAGUGAUAAUUAUAAAAUUUUAUAUUCAAACAUAUUUUCUUCUUUGCAAAACAGAUCCAUCUUACUCUGAUGAGAUUAAAUCGUCAUAUAUUUCUACUUCCAGACAAUCAGGAACAGAUUAUAACUUGCAGUGCUGUCCAAACAGAGGAUGGAGUUGUUGAAGUGUGAUGAUAAUCUCCUUCCCUCUCUCACUUACCAACAAAAAUGUAUUACUACUAUGAGUUAUAAUCAUUAAAACAGUUCAGUAAUUCGACAAUGAGCUCGGAGUUUAUGCGUUCACUGCCGAUCUCCGGUGUCUUAAUUUGUGCGGUAUAAAACGAGUAAAACAUCAAUACAGGUUUUGUUUUCUUUUUUUUUUUUAUGAAACCCUCUGCUUUUUGAGAGUUACAAUGAACAAAUUCAUAAAAUCACAAGUUGAUUUAAUGUGACCAGAGGAAAAUAAAUCCGCCUAACAACUUUUACGCAAAUUUCUCCAAAAAAAAAAGCUGCAAAUUCAGCAUUUUAGGCUGCACAAAUCACGAGGAAAAAAAGCCUGCUAAUUCAGAGGGGACACAAAUUUUCCAUCGGAUUUAUGUUUGGACUUUAACUGCUCCUUUCUGACACGUGAAAAUGUUUUGUUAAACAUUCUGUUAGAGUUUUGGAUUUUAUGUUUACUUUCGAUAAAUGUGUCAACUUACCAUGUUUUCUAGACUAUAGAGUGCAAGCCACACCCACUAAAUAAGGGAAGAAAAAAAUAUGUUACCAUAUAUUAUACGUUGCAAAAUGAGUUAUUUAUACAGAAAGAUUUUGUAAAUGUUUAUUUACAUAACUUAUUUGUCUCCAAACAGUGUCUGUAACACGGCAGUAAAACGGCUGAUCAAACAAAACAGAAGUCAUUGUCAUUGACUUACCAGCUGCGGAAGAUAGCUCUCCAAUCAGUUAAACAGACUCAAUAAGUUCCCGGUGACAUUUUGGUGAAUUUACUGAAGAAUUUGUGAAACUGAAACAAUAGGUUAAUCAUACUAACACAAACCACUUAUAAACAUGUUAGCAUAUUAGCUAACAACGCUAGCUUGAUUACAUUACGAUAGCAUGUACAAAUAUGCAUGAAAACACUCCUACAGACAUCACACAUGGGACUGUUUAGUAAGUAUGAAUUGUUUUAGUUAUAUUGUAAAACUCACAAAAGUUGCUCGGAGUGAUGAAUGUAGAAUCCAUACGGGUAGAAACUCUAUGGACGAUUAGAAAACGGAACAGCACUCUACUUUUGGUUGUUGAUUGAUUGAUUACAACUUUUAUUAGUAGAUUGCACAGUACAGUACAUAUUCCGUACAAUUGACCACUAAAUGGUAACACCCGAAUACGUUUUUCAACUUGUUUAAGUCGGGGUUCACGUUAAUCAAUUCAUGGUUUAAAGCACUAACUGGAAGGACACUGCAAUGCAGUGAGCAAAUGUGUCUAAAAGAUGGCGCCAUAGCCAUGUAUUGUUUAUUAUUAUUACUACUUUUAUUAUAGCUGUCAGCGAUAAAAACCCAUUAAUUAGCCACUCGGUCUUAUAAGCCGCAGGGUUCAAAGUGUAGGAAAAAAGCAGCAGCUUAUAGUUCGGAAUUUACGAUACUUUUACUAAAGUUUUUACGAAUUUGACUUUUGCAUGUCACACAUUAGUCCUUCAAUCGUAUGCUUUGUGUUGGUCUUUUCACCAAAAAUGUGGAAAAAAAUCCAAAGGUAAUGAAUACUUGUACAAGAUCACAUCAUGAUAGUAUCAACUUGAUACUGAUACCAUUCUUGGUAUCAAUAGUAUUGAUAUUUGGAUCAGUCCAGUUCCAUUAUGCUACAGCGUUACACUGAAUGUAAAAAAACAACAACUCCGCCUCCACAUGGACGCGGUCUGCUUAUUUUUUAGUACAAAAGACAUUUUAGAAUCUACCAAAAUAGAAAAAAAUGGAGCCCUUAUAUUGUCAUGUCUACAGCAGGGAUGUUCAACUAAAUAGUUUUGGCGGCCACAUUUCCAGAAAACUAACUUCUCCCUUCACUACUAGUCUAAAUUUGUUUAUUCCGGAAAACCAGCGUCCUCUACAGUAGACAUUUGAUUUAUUUUGUCAGAGUUACAGAAGUGCUCUGCUGUUUUUAAGGAACUUCUGCAAAAAAAUAAAUAAAAAAAGCUAGUCAAAGAUCACCUCUAUGACAGCAAUUUAGUGUUUUUAAGAAUCUGCUGCAAAAGUUUUUUAAACUGGACUAAUUGUAAUGAUGAAAAAGAGAGGACCUAAGACGGAACCUUGAGGAACACCACUAGUAUAACGGAAGAAGUAAACAAGCUGCAGCAACACCUUACUUACAUGAUCACAUGAUGAAAAAUAUGUGUAACGGCCAAAAAAAAGGGGAGGACUUUAAAGGGGUGCCUUGAGGAAGGCCUCAGUGAUGUCAAUCACAAGUUUGCCAGCAAGGUUCAAAUGUUUAACACUCUAACAGGAACGUGCUAGAAUUUUUAUUUUAUCCAAUCCAAUCCACUUUUAUUCAUAUAGCACAUUUAAACAACAAAAUGUUUCCGAAGUGCUGCACGACAAUAUUAAAAACAACAGUAAAAUAUUAUCCUUAGCUCCACCAAUGACUGAAUAAAAACAAAAAAAUAUAUACAUAUAAAACCAAUAUAAAAUAAAUAUGAUUAAAAACGAUUUUAAAGGGUAAAGCCAAUUAAAACAGUAAACAGAAAUCAACAUUUUAAAAACACAGAGGACCGCAGUUUAGAUAGUUUAGUUAAGUUUAGUUAACCUGCUCAGUGGCCUUGUGGUUAGAGCAGGGGUCCCCAAACUACGGCCCGCGGGCCGGAUACGGCCCCCCAGCGUCCAAAAUCCGACCCGCGGGAAGUCCCAAGUAAAAAAAAAAAAAAAAAA